AUGUCGCGCCCGUUCCCCUAUACUUUCAUUUCCUGCCCCUGUGCAGACACUUCGGUUCCUGAUCCAGCUAGGAAACGGAGAUCUAGAGAAUCACCGCAAAAACAAUCGCCCCAGAAACCGGCUCCGCGGCCUAGUACACCAGAAGGCGAGAAGAAAGGACUGGCAGCAGGGCAACAAGAGGAUGAAGACGAUGAACAGACCUUCGACCCACGCUCCCCGCGGUCUGACUUCUCCUUAUACCCCCCAGAACAGCUUCUCUACUGCGAGGAGUGCCACCAGAUCAAAUGCUCCAGAUGCAUUACCGAAGAAAUAGUGAGCUGGUAUUGUCCAAGCUGCCUUUUUGAAACGCCGAGUAGCAUGGUGCGAAGCGACGGUAAUCGAUGUGGUCGAAACUGCUUCAACUGCCCUGUGUGCACAGCUCCAUUGGCCGUAAGUACAAUUGAGAAUGCGACAGGCAAUGGAACCCAACAAGGUCCGUGGGUACUGUCAUGUGGAUAUUGCCUUUGGACGACACUUGAUAUUGGCAUCAAAUUCGACAAACCGACAAACAUCCGCAGUCAACUCCAGAAAAUGACCGACGCCACACCCCCAGCUGCAUUUGAUCGUUCAAGGCAAGCCUCCCGUACUCUUGAAAGUCUCAAACACCCGCUCUCUAGUGCAGCCUCGGUCGAGGAGCAUGCGCGUGAUCGUGAUGUGGAUCAACCAACGCCGAAAGAAGACCCAGCGGCGCCUCCAAUGAGUACGGAUGCUCGAUUCGCAGCCUUGAAGAACUUCUAUCGAGCCCAGAUUGCCGAGACAUCAAAUUCGCCCAAUGAUCAUCUAAGCUCCGACUUCGGAUUCUCUUCGCCAGGCGCCUUGAACCGACUGAUGUCCCUGUACACUUCAUCAUCACGACUUGGCGGAUUAUACGGCGGCAGCAAGAAAGCCAAGUCCAAGCCACCCGUAAUGCGAGAAGCCCUCACAGCAAGCGAAGGCCUCUGCAUUGCGCCAAAAAACGGCGAAGCAGACAUCAUUGCACGACUUGCAUCCCCAGAAUGCGGCUGGGAGGGAGUAGCAUCAUUAGAGCAACGCGCGGCUCAAUCACCAGAUGCGAGAUUUGUCGAGGAUCUUUUACCACUCCCGGUCCUUCUUCGCACCAAGCGAGCAAAGCGCUGCAAGUCCUGCAAGCACAUUCUCGUGAAACCGGAGACAAAGCCGCAAUCCACGCGCUUCCGUAUUCGACUCAUUGCUCUCAGCUAUAUUCCUCUGCCAACGUUGUGUCCUUUGGCAUUCUCUUCUUCUUCUUCCUUGCCUACAAUGGCGCCGACGCCUGAUUUGGAUUCCCUCGUUCCACUUCGUCCCAUUCAUGUCUUACUUACUUUGAAAAAUCAUAUGUUCGACCCAGUGCGCAUCACUCUCGCAACGCCACCUGUGACUCCAGGCCGUGUCGCUACGAAAGUGACUGUACUCUCUCCGCAGUUCGAGAUCGGGGCGAACAGUGACGUCUGGGACGAGGCAUUGCAGGGUGCAUCGGCGCCUUUGUCGAGUGAUUCGAAGUCCGCCGGUCUAGGUCAACGUGGUGUUCCCGAAGCUGGCAAGGUGUGGGACAAAGGUCGGAACUGGACGACUGUCGUGCUCGAGGUUGUCCCUGGUACAUUGCCUGGGAGCAGUGCUGAAGGUGGAGAUGGCAAUCCCGAAACCACUGAUGAGGAUGUGGUUGCUGUGGCGGCUUCCAAGAAGGAUGAGGAUGUGCUCGAGAUUCCGGUCUUUGUGCAUAUGGACUGGGACGCGGAUGCACAGCUUGACCAGCAGAAUCUAGGGAAGUCGUCCAGGGCUGAUGACAAGGUGACGAGAGAGUUGGCUUAUUGGAUGGUCCUUGGUGUUGGCAGAAUCCAAGCUUCGUUGUAA